ACGUCCUAUCUUCACGUCCUUCAAAUCUUGAUUCACUCUCCAAAUCUUCUCUUCUUGCAAGAGAGAAAGAAAGAGAGAGAGACAGAGAUCGAAUCUGUUUCUGCUUGCUCUUAUGGGACUUUGCUGCUGAUCGAUUUUGGAAGGGAUCGUUGAAUUGAAAGCUAAAGAUGGGUGGAUCAGACGAGAACAGACACGGAGUGAUCGGACCCAUGAAUCCACAAGGUGGUUUACGAGGAGGAAAGGCGAAUCCGGGGAAUGGGCAGACACGAAGAGCGCUUAGUAACAUAAACAAGAACAUCAUCGGAGCUCCGGUUUAUCCUUGUGCUGUCAACAAGCGACCUUUGUCUGAGAAAAAUGUGAUGUGUCACAAGAAGAUUCUUCCACCACCUGUUCCGGCGCAUCGACCAAUCACUAGGAAGUUUGCUGCUCAAUUAGCUGAGAACAAUCCCCAAACCAAGAAGGAGGAAACCAAGAGCGAACCAGUUGAUAUAGUCAUAAUAGAUGUGGAAGAAGAAGAGGAUGGAGACUUUAAUGAGCCAAUGUUUGUUCAGCACACUGAAGCCAUGCUUGAUGAAAUCGACAGAAUGGAAGGUAUUGAAAUGGAAGAUUCAAAUGAUACUGAAGAAGAAGAAGAAGAAGAAGAGGCUGUGAUGGAUAUAGAUAGCUGUGACAAGAAGAACCCUCUAGCUGUUGUUGAUUACAUUGAUGACAUAUAUGACUUCUACAAGAACAAUGAGUGUCGUAGCUGCGUCCCGCCUAAUUACAUGGAGAAUCAACCUGACAUUAACGAGAGGAUGAGAGGGAUCCUUGUUGAUUGGUUGAUUGAGGUACAUUACAAGUUCGAGCUGAUGGAAGAGACGCUAUACCUCACGAUCAACCUCAUAGACAGGUUCCUCGCGGUUCAUCACCACGUCGCAAGGAAGAAGCUUCAGCUUGUUGGUGUAACAGCGAUGUUGCUAGCUUGCAAGUACGAGGAAGUAUCGGUUCCUGUUGUGGAUGAUCUCAUCUUGAUCUCUGACAAGGCUUACACUAGGAGAGAAGUUCUUGACAUGGAGAAGUUAAUGGCUAACACCUUACAAUUCAAUUUCUGUCUGCCAACUCCGUAUGUGUUCAUGAGGAGGUUUCUCAAAGCUGCACAAUCUGAUCAAAAGGUUGAGCUGCUAUCAUUCUUCAUCGUUGAGCUUUGCUUAGUGGAGUACGAGAUGCUUCAGUACGCUCCCUCUCAGUUAGCUGCUUCAGCGAUCUACACUGCUCAGUCCACGCUUAAAGGGUUCGAGGAGUGGAGCAGAACAUGCGAGUUCUACACAGGCUACACUGAAGAAAAGCUCAUGGAGUGUUCGAGGAAGAUGGCUGGGUUGCAUCACGAGGCAGGGACAGGGAAGCUAACAGGAGUUUACAGGAAAUACAACACAUCCAAGUUUGGUUAUGCUUCAAGAACUGAACCUGCUGGUUUUCUUCUUCUGUAAGGUUCAUCAGGUCACAACGGAAUCAAAACAUAACAAUGAAGAGAAAGAGCCAACACAUCUCUGUGUGGUUUCAGUCUAUCUCUCUCUGUAUAACAUGUCACUGUCUAGUGACAAUAUAACACAAAACUAGUCUCUAUUUCUCAUGAAUGUUUUCUUUUUAUUGAAAUAAGAUUGGUGGUAUAUGUCUUA